AUGGCUAGUCAAGGCCUACCGUAUAAAAAAACCGGAGGUUCUGUUUCUGACGAUGAAGCCGUACCUGACACCGAUCCUAGCGACACAUCCAGUUUGCUCCUCGAAAGACUUCAAGCCUACAAGCACGCUGUUGGAUAUCUGGAGAGUUACAUUACCGAGACAGAGAAGGUGGAAAAGGCACAUGCCAAGGAGUACGAGAAGAUCCUAAAGACAGUGUCUAGCCCAUUGAAAGAAGGCCAUCAUUUCGAUCAAAGCCUGGGCGGGGUUGCCGGUCUUUUCGAGAGCAUACGAUCUAAUACUCAGGGCAUUGCCAAUUCUCAUCUGGAGACAGAGAAGAACCUCAAAGGCUCAGUCUUGCCAAUACUCGAGCGUCUACACUCCGAAAUCAAGAACAAGAACAAGGAAUUGACCAAGGGUGCUGCCAAGGGCUCAAAGGAAGUCGACAAGGCAAGGAACACAACUCAGAAGCACAUUGAGCUCCUGGGCCAGCACAGUGCCGCUUUCGCCUCGUCCGGGGGGAAGGUCGAAGCUUCAAAUGACCCCUACAUCCUUCAACGUGGUGUAAACCAUCGUCUUAAUAGCCAAGUGGUGGAAGAAAACAACAAUCGCAACGACUUGCUUGCAGUGCAAGACUCGUUCAUGCAGUUCGAAGCUCAUGUCAUCCAGACAAUUCAACAAGCUAUGUCUGCAUUCCUCCAAUGCGUCUCUGGACAAUCCGAGAGACAAAAAGCUAUGUACUCGGACAUCAUCUCUACCGCCCAACGGAUUCCCCCUGAUUUCGAGUUCAAGGGCUUCGUUCACCGCAACAGCAACACUUUGAUAGACCCUUCUGUGCCCAAGCGGUCCGUAUCUAAUAUAUCCUACCCGAAUCAAAACCACUCAUCGACACGGCCGCUCAUUGCUGGUUCGCUUGAGCGCAAGUCUCGUGCGGCACUCAAGGGCUACAGUGCUGGCUACUACGUUGUUACACCGGCCAAGUACUUACACGAAUUCAAAGACGACGAUGAUUAUAAAAAGGAUCCUGUUCCCGAACUCUCUCUUUAUCUCCCAGACUGCACAGUUGGCGGCAUCGACGGCGAAAAGUUCAAUGUCAAAGGCAAGGACGCCUCCAAGGGCAAAGUGGGCUCUAAACUUGCCAUGAGCCAUGAGUUGGCUUUCCGAGCCAAGUCGCCUGCUGAUGCAGAGAAAUGGUGGGCCACCAUCCGUGAAGCAUCAGGGCAGGGUGCUGUUGGUGGCUCUGUGCCUUCGAGUCCUGUUGAAAGUAGGAACGUGUCAGGGCAACAAGCGCCGCCUCAGUAUCAGGAUACUAGACAACAAGCUCCGGUGCAGACUCAACAACCAGCUCAGGUGCAAACCCAAGGCCUACCCAAACAAGGAACUGGAUACCAAGGCGCAUCGAUUACACCGGGUGCAGGAACUGUGUCAGGUUAUGAUCAGAUGAAUCGCGAGGUAAAGUCUGCAGGCACGGGAUACAGUCCCACUACUGGAGCUCCAACGUCCGGGGUGGAGAGAGCGCCUGGACAAUACUGA